UUUCUGGUGGGCUCAGGAAGGUUGGUGCAGAAGGCAGCAUGGUUAUCGACACCAUUCUGUCUUCUCCUCACAGGAAGUCACCAUCCUUCAGGAGGCAAUUUCAAAGGGAUGAACUGGGAAGCUGGUCAACACUUGUCCAGAGGCAUCGCUUCCUCUUAACUGCUCUCGUUCUCCUAACUUUCCUCUGUACUGUUUAUCUCUAUUUCGCGGUUACUCUGGGCGCCACUGGCUCCUGUUCAGGCCUGACUGGUGCUCAGAAGGCUUCAUGCCAUAUGGAGCAUGCUAAGACAUCUAUAGCCAAGGGUAAACUGAAAAUUCUAUGACAUUUGAAAUGAUAAAAUAUGGUGAAUUGGUUAUUCAUUUUUGAAGUUUAGGUGAUAUGAGAAGUGAAAUAUUGCCUUCAGCCUACAGUAUUGUGGUGAUAUAUAUAUACACACACGUAUUGGUGACCCAUAUUGUACGUGACCUGUAGAAAGCAAUCUGUUAAAUACUGAUUGUGCUUGUUAUUGUAUCCAUUUCCUUGUAUACUUAUAUGCAAGAGAGGUAAUGCAGUUGCAGUAGUUCUGGUACCUAUGUA